AUGUCGAUCACUGCUAUCUACGACUGGCUAGGCCUCGAAAGUACUGCGCCGAAUGUCAAGAUUGCAAAACCACCCGCCUCAUACUUCCAAGUUCUUCCUCCCUCGCCCAAGCCUGCGACCCUACCACCCCCUCCAGACAAUCCGAGCUUCGCCCACCCAUUCACGGUGCCGGCCGACAUCUACAAUGCGACCCUCUCUCCUCAUGUGCCCAUCACAGUUGCACUUGUGUACAUGUCAUUUGUCACUCUCAUGAACGCGGUCAAUGCGCAGCGCAAGUACAAACCUUGGGCAUUGAGUAGAACAAGAGUGUUCAAGCUCUUUGUCAUACUACACAAUGUCUUUCUCGCUGUUUAUUCAGCAUGGACAUGUGUGGGCAUGGGGAAUGCUCUCCGUUUGUGCUUGCCGUCUUGGAAUGAUUCACCGACUCUAGCCGACACCGUGGAUGCGCUGUGCAAGCUUCACGGACCAAGAGGCAUCGGGAAUGCUGCCAUCUACAAUUCAACCACCACGGCCUGGACAAUGACAAACCGUGCGUUCCACCUGGCGGCGGAUGGAUUGACUCCAGAAACAACAGAUGUGGGUAGAAUGUGGAAUGAAGGAUUGGCCUUUUAUGGCUGGCUUUUCUACCUCUCCAAGUUCUAUGAGGUCCUCGAUACCUGCAUCAUUCUGGCAAAAGGACGUAAGAGUAGCUUUCUGCAGACAUACCACCACGCAGGAGCAAUGCUGUGCAUGUGGGCUGGCAUCCGGUACAUGUCACCGCCCAUCUGGAUGUUUGUACUGGUCAAUUCCGGAAUACAUGCUAUCAUGUACACCUUCUACCUCGUCUCUGCACUCGGCAUGCGCGUUCCGAAGUGGUUCAAACAGUCCUUAACCACCCUGCAGAUCACACAGUUUGUCGUUGGAGCAACAUAUGCCUUCUUACAUCUGUUCAUUGCCUAUCAGGUCCCUGUGAGCGUGGCAUACACCUACUUUCCUGGGGAAGUCGCCUCAAAAAUCGUGUACAGCAUCCCGAGCGACCUUUCGGCCACAGUAUCAAGCGCAAUGGCAACAGCCUCGGCCGGACUUGGCGCAUGGAUGAAGAAGGUUGCUUUACGUGCCGCCGGCUAUGAAGGACUUGCACAAAACGUUCUCAAUGAACAAGGCGAGCCUUUUGGCGUUGAUGCUGUUCAUGCUGCAGAGGAUUUGGUGGCCAGAGAGGAGAUCAGGUUCCGGGAUGAACUGCAAUGGACACAUUGUCUCGACACCAGUGGUCAAGUGUUUGCAAUUCUUCUGAAUUGCACCUACCUUUUGCCACUCACUUGGCUCUUUGGGCAAUUCUUCGUAACUUCUUACCUGAAGAGACAAGAGCGGAGGCGCAGCAGUUCGGCAAGCGACAUUGCUAUCCGCGCCCGGCAAAGUCUGCAUGAUGCGUCAAAGGGUGUGGCACGCAGACUCAGUGAGGCUGUAGAAGAGAUGCAUCGCACCUCAGAAGACAUUGGGAAUGAAGACGCAAUUAUCGACACGGAAGAGAUUCGAAAGGAUCUUACCGAAGCUGCACAACGGGUGAAGAGCACUGCUAGACAAGGCUCGAAACAAGCUGCCUCGAAAUUAAACACAGAGAAAGUGAAGGAGGAAUUCAAGCGUGACCUGGAGACGAUCAGAGAGAGUGCAAAGACGGUGACUGACAAGACCAAGACAGCAGCGAACAGCCAAACGGUAAAGGACAUUGGUAAUGUGGCUGCGGAUAAGGUUAACGGGCUUACCAAUACUGCCAAAGACACGGCAGAUGUGGUGUCACAAAAGACCAAGGCCUUGUCCAGUACCACCACGUCGGAAGUAAAAGAAUCUGUUUCGCAAACCGCGAAAAGCGUCACAAACACUGCGAAGGACGUGCAAGACUCCACGGCUGGGAAGGUAAAGGACACUACCGAGGUCGUCCAAAAUGCCGCAACAAAGUCCUCCAAGAAGGCUAAGAAGGCAGCUAAGGCAGCAGAAAAUCACGCUGCAAAGUCGGAGGAUACUGGAGAUCAGCAUACCGAGGACAUUAAAGAUUUAAGGUGGCACGCUGACGCCUCAAGAGAAGAAAAGGCCCCAAACGGAAAUGGCACCGGCGCAGGAGAGGCGACCGGUCAAACAUCUCAACACAGCAAUGAUGAAACACGGACCGGCGAAACUGAGGAAGAUGACAACGAAGAAGAAAGUAGCAAAGUUCAAGAAGGUAAGAGCUUUGCGGAUGCUGUUAAAGAGUGA